AGUUUACCGCCAACUUCAUAACAAACAGGACCUACUGUUCGAUAUAUCCGGGAUAAUAUCAACCGAAUUUCGUUACUACGUUCAAUUUUUUCGUAUUAAUUUUGUUUACGGAGAUUAAUACGAGCGCGUUUUGACUUUUUUUCUCUCAAUUUUAGAAAUUCAUUCAUGUUAUAACAGUGCUGUUCACGAAAUAUCAGACAGACAAUUGUUUAAAUCUCAGUAAGCACAUUAUCAAGAUGAAUGUUCCACAAAUGUGAUAAAAAACAUCUUUUAUUCGUAACAUCGAAAAAAACUUUUACCCAUGUCGGGAAUCAGAAGAAAAAGAAGUCUAGAAUGGCAAGACAGAUGUUACAGUUCAAGCGAAGAAGAAAUGCCUGCUAGGACAAUUGAUACUCACGUAUUCGCUUCUCUGUUGGCUAAAGCACAACAAGAAUAUUCAGGUAUAGAAAGGUCGUACAGAUCGGACGAUACAGAAGACGCCGCGACAACUGAUAAUCCGACAACCCCUUUCCCGACACCCCCUCCGACGUUAGCGUCACCCAGAUCGCCCAUUCCUCUUCAUCGGCAGGCUUCACCUUUCCCUUUGGAGAACACCAACUCAAGAAGGAUGCAUUAUCAGACACCGCAAGAUAGACUGAGGGGAAAUAACGGUGAUAUGAUCUAUGCUCAAAGUAAUAAAAUGAGCAGCUCUGUACUGGGGGUAUCAGGAGGAAACAUAACAUCCAGUAGUAGUGGAACUUCUUGUAACAGUUGUAGUGAUAACGUGAUGGUUUCGAACGGUGACAUCCCCUAUCACGAGAACAACCAACAACAAAGGAUGUCUUUGAAUAAUGAUAUGGAUGAAGAAUCUCCUCCCGAACCAGCUCCACCAGAAGUUCCUCCAAGAGGUCAAUCUUUACACGCUGCAUCUCUGAGACGUCUAACCGAGUUCAGUAUACAAGGAGAAGCCAAACCAAUCAACCAGGAGUCGCAUUUCUUCAGCCAAACAGAGUAUGUGCUUAGCGGAAGCCCCAGGGCGUCUGCAUUUCCGGCCAGAUCGCCAGUGGCAACAAAUUCUGCAGCUACUACUGCGAAUUCUCAACUCAGACUCACUCCGGCUCUGCAGCAAACGCAACUAUCACAGGCCAUACCAACGGGACCUCCCGGUACAUUACAGGCAACUGUUCCCGGUACCCAAACUUCAAAUUUGGUGAUGCCUGUAUUUCCGUUGGUACGACCAGCUCCACAAACAAGUUCCUCAUCGCAUUACUCGCCGUAUUCACCGUCCAGGUUUCACAUCGACAAAAGGUGUCAGCACAGAUGCUCUUGGAAAUGUCUAAGUAUCGGACUGAUCUUAUUGGCAGUUGGAUUAUCGGCAAUGUUGGCGUAUUUUGCAGCAGUGAGCACUAUGAAAACAAACAUAGACUCUUCGAAUUGCAUUUUGGUUCAGGAUGUCAAAGAUGUUACGAACGAUCAAAUAAUUAUGGGCUCAUCGACUUUACCAUCAACCGAAGAGUCGUUACCAACGAGUACGGCCGAGCAUUCGGCGAGCGCUACAACAGCUCACAGUUCCAUCCAACAUCAACAGCCUUCACAGCAGCAGCAACAGCAGCAGCCACAAACGCAGUGGCCUCCGUUGCCGUUACUCGAACAAACCGAAUUGGACACCGUACAUACAGCAACGAUUCCACCCUACCAAUUUUGGAACAGCGAAUUUCGAAAUAAACAACCCGCUUUUAUAAAUUUUAAUUUCACGUUACCGUGGGGUGCGAAUUUCGCAGUUUACGGCAGAAGGAACGUCGCUCCCAGUGUAACGCAAUACGAUUUCGUGGAAUUCGUCAAAGGAGGAAGGAUUGACCAUAGAUUGCGGAGGAAAAGAGACAUAAACGGAGAUUCUUCAGACUCGUCGUCAGAUUUGAAACUCACCUACGACUACAGGACGACUCACAAGUCUGACGUAUUGGACUCAAUUUCGAGCUCCUAUGAAGGUACCAAAAAAAUUCUAGCAGAUUCCGAACCUCGAGGUCCUUUUUAUAUACCUCACAGUAUAAAAAUUGAUUUUGAAGGACCAUUACCUGAUGAUCAUUAUCGAAACGAGUUCAGUACGGAUUUACCUCAUCCUACUUUGGACAUUGGAAUCGAACGGGACGAACUGGAUCACGUGAUUGCGAAAAGGGAAACGGAAAUUGAACCGAUGAUGGUUAAUGUUAGUUUGCUGCAUUAUCUAGAUACUGGAAGAUGGUUUUUAUCGGUGUACAAUGACGAGCUCCAGCCGCACGUCGUGUCUUUAAUAAUAUCGGAAGCCGAAGGUGUUAGUGCAACAUGUCCUAAUGAUUGUUCAGGACGAGGAUCAUGCUAUUUAGGGAAAUGUGACUGCAUCGAUGGGUUCCAAGGAAUAGAUUGUUCUAAAAGUGUUUGUCCGGUGUUAUGUUCGGGGCACGGGCAAUACGGUGGCGGGCUCUGCCAUUGCGAACAGAGCUGGAAGGGGCCGGAAUGCGAUAUCCCCGAGACAGACUGCCGCAUCGCAGACUGUUCGGGUCACGGGCAGUGCGUGAGGGGCUCCUGUCACUGCAAACCCGGAUGGAAAGGAGAAGGAUGUGAAGAGCCCGAUUGUGAGGAUCCUACUUGUUCAGAACACGGCGCUUGUGUACAUGGACAAUGUUACUGCAAAGCGGGUUGGAAAGGUACUCAUUGCAACAUUAUCGAUGAACAAGUUCAUAAGUGUUUGCCUACGUGCUCUGAUCAUGGAGUCUACGAUUUAGAAGCGGCAAAAUGUGUUUGUAACAGGCACUGGACCGGACCAGAUUGCUCUCAAGCACUUUGUAAUUUGGAUUGCGGACCUCAUGGUAAAUGUGAUACCGGAAAAUGUCGGUGUGAUCCAGGCUGGACGGGUCCCAAAUGCGAACAAUUACCUUGUGACGUUCGAUGUCAAGAACACGGUCAAUGCAGAAACGGUACUUGUGUGUGUUCUCAAGGAUGGAAUGGACGCCACUGCACUUUACCUGGUUGCGAAAACGGCUGCUCUGGACAUGGACAAUGUACCCUCGAAGAAGGUUUAUACAAAUGCGUUUGUAUACCUGGUUGGGCAGGUUCUGACUGUAGUAUACCACUAGAACAGGAUUGCCAUGACGAUUUAGACAACGAUCAUGAUGGUAUGACCGACUGUUCGGAUAGUGAAUGUUGUUCGCAUCCAAGUUGCUCAGAUCAUAUAAUGUGCAUAUCAAGCAACGAUCCCGUCGAGGUAUUACUUCGCAAACAACCCCCUUCCGUGACGGCAUCAUUCUAUCAACGCGUCAAGUUUUUGAUUGAAGAGAAUUCGGUCCAAUCUUAUGCACAUAUGGAUGAGUACACAGAAAGCGAGUUUUGGAACUCCUUUACACCGCGUCGAGUUGCAGUUAUGAGGGGCCAAGUUGUUACUCCGCAAGGCUUAGGAAUUAUCGGAAUUCGAGUCUCAGUUGACCGAGAAUCCAGAUUUGGAUUCACACUAACCAGACAAGGAGGAUGGUUCGACGUCCUGGUUAAUGGAGGUGGCGCCGUCACGCUACAAUUUCAGAGAUCUCCAUUUAGACCUAGAACUAUUACGGUUUUCGUCCCAUGGAAUCAGAUAAUCGUUCUGCCUCCAGUCCAUAUGCAAUUAAGUGAAGACACGGAAGUGUCUCAUAUACCACAAAAAAGUUUUCUGGCACGAAAUCCGGCCCUCAACUUUCCCGGCGUAUCCAGGAAUUUCUUUGGUCAAAACGGGGCCCUACCUCUUACGUGUGAAGAACAUGACGCCGAAUUACUCACUCCAAUCAUAACUGGAACGUGGAUGCCUGAGGCAGUCGGCGGUAUGCAAGGCAAAAGUGUCGUUUUUGCCGAAACACAAAUCAUUCAAGAAUCGAUCACUAUACCGGGCUCCGAUUUGCACCUUCUCUACCAAAGCUGCCAAGCCACGGGAUACUUAAGUGUCAUCUACAUGAAAUUAACCGGACCAAAAAUACCAAGUUCUUUAACGCAUGUACAUGUCAGAGUUGAAGUAGAAGGUUCACUACAUACGAAAACGUAUGAAGCUGAUCCAAAUCUACUACAUACGUUUGCAUGGAACAAACGUAACGUCUACAAACAAAAAGUAUAUGGAAUCGUGCAAGCGAAAGUUUCCAUAGGAUAUCAACAUAGUACUUGCUUAGAACCAGUAUGGGAAACGCAAACAGUUGAUAUAAAAGGAUUCGAUGUCGAUAUAUCAGACAUAGGUGGUUGGGGAUUGGAUAUCCAUCACCAUUACAAUUUCCAUGAAGGUAUCUUACAAAAGGGAGACGGCUCCACUUUACAUUUCAAACAAUACCCUCGCAUGGUACGAGUGAUCAUGGGAACAGGCCUCCAGAGAGCGCUGAAUUGCCCGAGUCAAUGCGGGGGUCCGGCCAAAGAUGCAAAACUCUUAACACCGGGAUCACUGGCGACCGGCCCUGACGGCAGUAUCUACGUUGGAGAUUUCAAUUUGGUCAGGAGGAUCACUCCCGAGGGCAAUGUAUAUACGGUGUUGCAAUUAAGGGCUACACAGGUUGCGUAUCAGUAUUACUUAACAGUAUCUCCUGCAGAUGGACGACUUUAUGUGUCAGACCCAGAGAAACAUCAAAUUUUAAAAGUUCUAAUGUUGGAACCGGUGCAAGAUCCUAGUAUAAAUAGCGAACCGAUUGUAGGUAAUGGUGAAAGAUGUAUUCCAGGAGAUGAAUCAGCUUGUGGUGAUGAAGGUCCUGCAAAAAAUGCUAGAUUAGCUCAUCCGAAAGGUAUAGCAAUCGCAGUUGACGGUACCAUGUAUAUUGCUGAUGGUACAAACAUAAGAGCAGUUGAUCCUAAAGGUAUCAUCCACACUUUAAUAGGAAAUCAUGGACAUCACAACAGAUGGACGCCUAUUCCUUGUAAAGGAGCCGUCGAAGCGACACAGGUUCAACUUCAAUGGCCGACAGGUCUUGCUCUCAGUCCAUUAGACGGUUCGUUACAUUUUAUCGAUGACAGAUUAAUUUUUAAACUAACAGUGGAUUUGAAAGUGAAGGUAGUAGCAGGAACACCAUUACAUUGUCAUCGAGAAGAUAACAGUACUAAAUUAACAGAAAACGUAUUGGGAAGUGUUUUAGCAUUAGCAUUUGCUCCCAAUGGAGAUAUUUACAUCGCAGAAUCUGAUACGCAUAGUGUUUAUUAUAUAAGACUCAUAGAUACUGCAGGUAAAAUAACUCAUUUCGCUGGAAAAAUUCCCGAAAAACCUAAAAAGAAUUGCGACUGUGCUCUGAAUAUAACAACAGCUAAUCCUUUGGGAAGAUCUCAAGACGUUCCGCCAUGUUUAUGUGCAAACGCCGAAGAGACGACUAGCAAUGCUGAAACUCUGUUGUCGUCUAAUGCCCGUUUCCAAGCAAUUUCCGCUUUAGCUGUUUCUCCUGGAGGAGUUCUGUAUGUAGCCGAUCAAGGAUCAUUACACAUAUUGUCUCUGGAACAUUAUCUUCCAGCGCAUGAUGAAAACGGGGAAUUUAGGAUCCCAUAUCCUGCAGCUGGUGAAGUGUACGUAUUCAAUCGAUACGGUCAACACGUUGCAACGAAGGACCUCGCUUCGGAUAAAACGAGAUAUACAUUCCUAUAUUCUAAAAAUACAAGCUUCGGUAAACUAUCUACUGUAACAGAUAGCUCGGGUAAUAAAAUUCAAUUCUUAAGAGACUACAGUAACGCCGUUAGUUCUAUUGAAAACACUCAAGAUCACAAAUCUGAACUUAAGAUUUCUGGAGUUGGUUAUUUGGUUAAAUUGAGCGAAAAAGGUAGAGCUGAUAUCGAACUGGAUUAUGAUAUGAAUACGGGAUUGCUUUCCAGUCGCUCUAGGGGAAGUGAAACCGUUAUGUACAAUUACGAUUGGUUGGGUAGAAGUACAGGAGUUAUCCUUCCUAGUGGAGAAACAUUCCAGUUAACCUCUAAAAUUUCAGACAAUGGAAACUUGGAAAUAUUCGUUAGCAAACCAACAAACGUCCUAAGUAUCAGUGGGAAAGUUCACAAACACGUUUUGAACAUUGACAGAAAAGAAGUUACCGAAAUAGUAACUUUAAACAACUCCACAGUAGCUGUUAAAUCGGCUUAUGAAGGUUCGUUAAAAGUAUGCGCAAUAGCACGUCAUCCUCUAUUGGAAGCUUCCUUACCAGUCGAAGCUGAACUACUUCCCGUUUGGUCUGAACAAACCACCACGUUCGGCGAUAACAUCCAUAAUGUGAUGAAAACAUCGUUUAGCCUAGUAGGAGAUGUGAGAAAUCCGCAACAAACUUUAUAUAGAGAAAUUUUCGUUAACCACACUAAGAUAUUAGGCAUUGAAUUCGAUCAGUUCACCAGUAAAGAAACUUUCUUUGACGUAGAUAAACUUCCUCUUCUAACAAUAAGUUACGAUCCAGCGGGAUUACCUCUCUUAUACACCCCUUACAACGGUGGAGAUGUUUUAAAUAUUACCUACGAUCACUUUAAUCGAAUAGAUAGUUGGAAAUGGGGAGUAUCUGAAUUGAAAUAUAAUUACGAUCGCCAUGGGUUACUAUCUGAAGUCACAAGUCCGUUAGACGGUACCCAGAUAUUCGCCUACGACGAUACCAAUAUGUUAUCAAAAAUAACUUUGGCAAGUCAAAGAAGUUUUUCGUUGAGUUACGAUGAUAACGGAGGUCUUAGACACGUUACUUUACCUAGCGGUACCAAACAUUCUUUCAGUUUACAACCUACCUUAGGUUUCUUACGAGCUACUUACACACCACCAGGAAGUAACAAGUCGUAUCUACAACAUUUUUCUAAUUCCGGUAGACUUUUACAAACUGUAUUCCCCGGUGAAGGAGCUAGAAUAGUUUAUAGAUACUUCGAUAAUGGUAAACUAAAAGAAGUCGUUCAUGGUGACGGGAAAACUGUUUAUCAUUAUUCUGAAACUUCUGGUUUACCUAGUCAGGUAAAUCACGUCGAAGCCGAUAUCGAAUAUAGAUGGGAUUAUCAAUAUACAGGCGGUCUACUAAUGGAAGAACGUAUAGAUUUCGGUGCCAAAACUGGUUUGAGCAACGCCAAAUUUACCUACGAUUACGAUAACAAUUAUAGACUCGUUACUGCUCAAGGUAGAAUUGGUGGACAAAAUUUACCUUUACAUAAUUUAGGUUAUAACUAUAAGACUGGUUCUCUAGAAAUGAUCGGACCUUUCAAAAUCAUUAAGCUGAAAAUAAACGAAACCAACGUGUACGAUGGCACAGCGCUAUUUUCCAGUACCAUCAAUUCAAGAUUCCUGGAAACCAAGCUCGCUUUAACUAUUCACGGAAUGGAAGUUUUUAGAAUGGAGUUUAGUCACGAUAUUCAUGGGAGGAUUUCUCAGACACGAACUUACACCAAAAAUGUUGGAGUAAACACCUACACCAACGUCAAAAAUUACACGUGGGAUUGCGACGGUCAGCUGCUUGGAGUGGAAGCUCAAGAACCAUGGGGAUUUAGAUACGACGACAAUGGAAAUAUGUUAUCCCUGACUUACAGGGGAAACACUAUUCCCAUGGAAUACAACCCAAUGGACAGGAUAAUUAAAUUCGGCGAAGGACAAUAUAAAUACGACAACAGAGGAUUAGUUGUACAGAAUGCUAGGGAAGAGAAAUUUCAUUUUAAUUCCAAGGGGUUGCUUGUAAGAGCAACAAAGAGAGGCAGAUUUGAUGUUAGAUAUUAUUAUGACCAUAUGGACAGAUUGUCUGCAAGAAAAGACAAUUUCGGAAACGUGACGCAAUUUUUCUACAACAAUAUCCUAAGACCCAGAGAGGUUAGUCAGAUUUAUUCGCCAAGAGAUGGUAAACUUAUGUCGCUCAUAUAUGAUAAUAGAGGACAUUUGAUAUAUUCCCAAGUCUAUCGACAUAAAUAUUACGUAGCUACGGAUCAGUGCGGAACGCCCGUCAUGAUUUUCAAUCAAUAUGGAGAGGGAAUACGAGAAAUAAUGAGAUCUCCCUACGGGCACAUUGUUUACGAUUCAAACCCAUACCUAUAUCUUCCGAUUGAUUUCUGCGGAGGAAUUCUAGAUCAGGUGACGUCCUUGGUUCAUAUGAAUAACGGAAAAGUUUAUGAUCCCCUUAUCGGUCAAUGGAUGUCGCCACUUUGGGAAAACGUAUUGGAACGUAUUCCUACACCAACUCACCUCCAUUUAUACAGAUUCAACGGAAACGAUCCAAUCAACGUUGAAUUGGACAGAGCAAGACCUCAAGAUCAUCUAGAUUGGCUAAAGAAAAUCAGUAUGAAUUUGAAAAAUUUAGCUCCACAACUCUACCCAGACGAUCUUCCUGGCGGUAAGAUGCCUCCGUUUCUAUCGCAUCCUCCGACUUUCUGGAAUCCGUCCAAGAAUGGUAUCAGCAGCCAAUUGAAUAAUCAACCGUAUUCCGUUGAAAUUCAUUCGGGAUUUUUAGCGCACGUCAAUUCAAGAAAAAUGUUAACGGCCGAAGAACUGUCUGUAUUCUCUAAAUCGGCAUUGAAAGUUAAUGUUAUCGAUUUGGUGCCAAAGAAAAUAGGAUCGGCGUCUGAUCCGCCCUUCGGACGAGGAAUUUUGGUGUCUCAGACUGAAUCAGGUCAAGCUAUCGUAUCUAGUGUACCAGCAGCGAACGCUAUUUAUAGAGACGUUUACACUUCGGUGUUCAAUAGAUCCUAUUUACUGCCGUUUACUUUUAUCGUACAUAACGCUCAACAAGACGCCUUCCACUUUGUUAAAGAUGAAACGUGGAAAGCAAAUGAGGAUAAAGGACAACUGAAACGACUUCAGGGUCAAGUCAAUACAACUUUCCACGAAAUAGCCAAAGAAAACGGAAGCGGCACCAACUACUUUGACGUGAAAAUUCAUGGAUCGAAUGUGGUUAUCAAUUUACGUUACGGUACAACAGUGGAAAAAGAAAAACAGAGAUUAUUGCAUCACGCCAAAUUAUCGGUUAUCAGAAAAGCUUGGCACAAAGAAAAAGAAUGUUACAAGAAUGGUUUUACUUGUAGUGUUGAUUGGAGCAUAAGCGAAUUGGAGGAGCUCUCGAAACUAGGUUACGUUAAUAAUUUCGAAGGUGAAUAUAUACACGAUGUCCAACAAUAUCCGGAAUUAGCCGAAGAUCCUUACAACAUCAAAUUUGUUAAGAAGCAAGUGGAAUCGACGAAGAAACGUCGAAGGAAAAGAGAUCUGAGGAAAACAUGCAGAGACCGUUGGUGGUUCGACUUUUCCGAAAUAUGCUAGUGAAAAAAAAAUACACGAAAGUGGAUCAUUUCAAUUAACUAAGUGUGAUGUACCAAAAAAGAAAAAAAAAGCUUACAAAGUAAGCCUUUUUAUACCAAAGUCUAUUUGUGUAAGAAUUUCAAAGAUGCCAAAAAAAAUGUAUAUUAUUUAUUUAAAAUAUGUUACCUAUAUGUAUGUGAUUUAGAUGUUUAAAAUGGGUUUUGCUCAAUCAAACUCUUUUUAUAAUUUUUGACAUGACUGACUAUUGAUUCGCAAAAUCCAUUUCAGACCAACUUUGUAUAUAUUUUGCAUAAUUAUAGAGAAGACAAAUGAAAAUGUGUAAGUCUUACAAUUUUCAAGAAACAUUUUCAAACAAUAUAACCAGGUAUCUGAGAAAUAAUUAUCCAUUUAUAAACAUUGCUCUUUCGGUAGUAUUUAUCGUUAUAAAUUUCUUAUUUGUUAGACUUUUUGAUAUGUUUUUAAAUGUUCUUCAUUUUUUUUAAGAUAGAUGAACAUUUGAAAAUUCAACUUCUUCUAGUCUUUAUCAAAUAUCAGAGUUAAAAUAAGUUUAUUUUAUAAUUUUUUAAGGACAGAUGAAAAUUUAACAUUUCGACUAUUUAUCAAAAUACGCAUAUUGUCAGUAUCAAUAUCUGAUAUUUGAUGAAGACUAAAGGAAGUCGAAAUGUUAAAUUUUGUGAAGAGACCUGAAACAAGAAUAUUUAUAACUACAUAAAGUUAUCAUUUUAUUAUCUAAAUUACAUAUUAACUCAAACAAGAUAAUUUAAAGAUUAUGUCAUAAACCAUACAAAUACAUUUACUACUACUUUGUUCUCGAAAGCAGCUGAAAAUCUAAUUUAAAUAGGUUAAUAGUUUAGGUUACUUAAUUAACUACCAACCUCCAAUCUUUCACCAUUUUAAUGAAGAUGCUCAUAUCUUCUCCUCUAUAUUCUUUGCAAUACUCAUCUGUUAUCAUUCCCUAUUUCUAGAGACUUGUGCGCUUUUGUUUUAUCUUGACCAAACCGCUCUGGAUAUUAUGCUACCACAUCUGUGUCGAUAGCAUCCAACUAUGUAUAUCCUCUCGUUUUGCAAGCUAUUCUCUUUAGAAUUCCCUUCUACUUCAUGGUGUCCAAAUAUCUAGCAGAGGCCCGAAUCAGUGUCAUGAAUCAAAAAGAUUAUCUCGCGGUAGCAUAUUACCAUUUCUUAAGGUUUCCUGGUUUUCUGUAUAUCUGCUUGAGUCACCACCUUCCAUUAAUAGUCUGGUAACUUCUAUAUUGCGUAGAGGUCUGUAUAUCUCUAUAACAUCUCCAUUUCUUUGAAUUAUCUGUUGAUUUUUUGUUUGAAUUUUUCUCGUCUUAAGAAAAUGAAUCGAAAAUUCUGACUGAUUGAUUUUAGUCCUGAUAGAUAUUUGGCAAUUUUACUUAUCCUGAAAGGAUUAUGUGAAGUUGCAGCAAGAUUCUCCUUUUUAUUGUCUUUUCGAAUUCUAUUUUAAAAAUUGCUACUUCCUUGCAGACCAGACCACAAGGUAGUUUCCUAACAGCAAUUAUACCUAUUCAUGCUGAUAAAGCAACUAGCAGCAAACCUACUGGGAAAUAUCUUAAAAGGAUGGUAGGAAACAACAAAUAAAAAGUGGAGAAUGAAUAUUGAAAUAAAAAUUACAGUAAUCCACAAAUUCGGAUAGAAUAGCUAGAUCAGAACGUUUUUUCUAAAAUGUCGACUACUGAAGAUGGAGUAAGUGAUGUGGUGAGAAUAUUUAUUGUACAGGAUAGCCAAUCAAAUGAAGGACUCUUUGCACAAAAAGUAUUUGUCGCAAAAAUGCGAAAUGAAAGAAUUAUGACAAUUGAAGCCUAAAGAAGAUACUGGAAAUAAGUUUUAAAUUUCCAAAAUGUUUGCCGCAUUCUUGAAAUUUGAUUGCCAUUUUUUGAAAAGUAUUAACUAGCAUUGACAUCGUUCUAAGCUGACGUAAAUUCGAUUCUUUUUCAAAUCUAUUUUUAGACCACGAUCGAGAAAGUGGCAAGAAUUACUAAUAUCAAAAUGACAACUAUGUAUGAUGCCCUUGGCUGCUUUUAAUAUUUUCGAUUAUUUAAAUUCCAAUUAUCGAGAUUAUCAAUUUCUAAAAAAAGAAGCAGAAAGUGAUAUUUCUAUCUUCUAAUACUGGAAAUGAAUGAAGUCCAAUCGCUUUUUGGAAAAAUAGUUAUUUUUAUUUUCAGAAAGGAAAUCGAAUAUCUCCACUAGUUAACAUUAGCUCCUUCAUUUUUGCUGUCGAAGUUAGGAGAAGUAAUAAUCUAUGUAACUGGUCUAUGGCGAAUGUUCAUAAAAAUAUUUAUUAAAAAGUAAUACUAAUAGGUUAGAAACAACGUCCUCUUUUCAAUCAAAGACAAGUGGCAUUUGACACAGUGUUAAGUGUUACCAACUAUUGAUUUUUAUAUUGAAACUUCGAUUUGUAAUAAAUUACGUGGUAUAAAUCUAAAAAUUAAACUCUGAAUCUAAAAACAGUAACAAGGAAUAAAUCACUCUCAGAUAAUUAAUGUCAGUCUCUUUAUUGAUACAACUAAUUUAUUACUAUAUAAAAGUUGUUUCUAAUGAAGUUUCACUGAUAUACUUGAUUCAAUCGCUAAAAAACUGCUACAAAUGAGAAAUUUACUACAAAAAUUAACACUUGGUAGCACUUAACCUCAAAUUUCUCAUUUAUCAAAUGUCACUUGUCCGUAUUAAAAAUGUCGGCGGGAAUUCUAUGAGUAUUGACAAAGAGUUGACAUUUUAUUUUCUCUAAGUAAUAUUUUAGGUUAGGGGAGAGAUAUUGUCAUGCCGAUUUAAUUAGCUUGUUAAUUCUUUAUUUCACUAUUUUUGUAGCAAUAAAAGUCGUCAUUGUAUCCAAUUUUUUUGAGAAAAUCCGUUUUAUUUGUAGUUGUCGCUAAUUGCUCUCUCAUUACGUUACAAGCAAUCUAAAUGAAUCCGAAUUAAAGUUGAUAAACUACAAAAACACCCUUAAAUGUCAUAAAAUUUGUUCAAAUCCGUUCGACUAUUUUGAAGUUACUGAUAUUAUUUCCAAAAAGGUCGAACACUCCCUACUAGUUUCCCUUCCCUUACUACUUCCCAAACAACACCAUGUUUGUUAAAGUCUAUUCAGUCAUUUUGAAAUUACUGACACUUAGUACCGGAUAUCCCCCACUACUCCUCGUUUAAACGUUUCCAAGUUUGUUAAAAUCGAUUUAUAGAUAGUAAAGAGAAGGAGGAGCAUCUCUAAUGGAGGAAAAGUUGAAAAAUUACGCAGCUGUAUAUAUGACAAAUCAAAAACUUUCCACAAUAGACAAAGGGUAUGGUAGGAAUUUUGCAAUUAUAGAUGAAUUAAAAUUACAGAAUUAAAUAUCAUAGCUCAUUACUGAAAAUUUCAACAAAAAAUUGUACAAUUGUACAAAAGGUGAAAAUUGUCCAGGGCAUGAAUAAUAUUUGGUUAGGUUAUGUUAUGUUAGGUACCAUGAUACUGAUAUGGCGCCAUAUUUAUCUUAUUAAUUUUCAGAUUAUUUUUCUAUCUGCCGUUCAUAAAUUCAUUCAUUAAUUUUGAAAUUACAAACAAUUAUUUCCGAAAAUAGUUGGACACUCCUAGCCAUUUUCAUUUUAUAAAUGAAGCAGAGAGAUUAUAAUGAACUAAGUUGGAAUUUCUAGAACUGUUGGUCAUAUUCAUACUGAACACACUGUUUACACUUCACUACACCAACACUCAUAAUUAUAUGUCUGGCACGCGUUUCGAUAACCAAGUUAUCGUCUUCAGAGACUGAAGCUCCAUCUUAAUUAUCGAUUUUUAUGAAACCAUAGAGUGUUGGUGUAAACAGUGUGUUCAGUAUAUAAUGAAACUUUAAAACAGUGUCCACUUUAGCUAACUCUAUCAUAGGAAUAUGUGUUAAAAAACAGGAUUAAGAACUGAAGAAUGUAAUUGAGAAAACAUUUUAUAUUGGCAAUUCUAGUUAUAAAAUUUUAGCGAUAUUUAAUUUUCGAGAUAAUGCUAAAUUCACUUAGUAUAAAGCGAAUUCUUGAACCUUUUACUGAUAAGAUAUUUGGUUAUAUUUAUCUCUCCCAUAUACGAAUUCUCGCUAUUAAAUAACGAGGCUGGUUACGGAACAGGGUUUUAUUAUAGAAAUCAUUCUACAUUCGAAUUCUUCCCUUCAAUAUACUCCCCUUCCCUCGCCACACACCUUUCCAUACGUUUUUUCAAUUGAUCGAAGCAGUGCUGGAAGUUUUCUCUGGUGAGGAUCUUUAGGAGCUCUGCCGUUUUUUGCUUUACCGAUUUAAAUCGGGUCCCAUUCAAAUCAGAUUUUAUCUUCGGAAACAAAGAAAAGUCGCACGGUGCCAAAUUUGGUGAGUACAACGGGUGCUCGGGAACUGGAGUGCGCUUACUGGCCAAAUACUGCUUCAUAGAUAGCGCGUUAUGGGCAGAUGCGUUGUCCUGAUGCAAAAUCGGGUCGUUUUUUACGAACUCGUUCUCGCAGUUGAUGCCAAAACUGAUAAAUAGUAAGUCUGGUUGACAGUCUGACCCUUUGGAACCCAUUCAGUCGUCAAUGUGGAAAAAAAUAAUAAACAUUGCCUUGAAUUUUGCUUUACUCUCUCGGCCUUCGCUAAAGAGCUCACACCACUCAAAAACAUGCGCACGAGAUAGAGAAUGGUCCCCGUAGGCCUCAUGCAACAAUUUAUAGCACACCUCGGAGGUUUUUUCAAUUUAACGGGAAAUUUGAGAUCGAAACGUUGCUCCUAUUUUUCGUCACGAGAAAAAAAAACACAUUCGUUUCAAACCGCUACUGCAUCAAUACUAUAAAAGUAACGGAAGCGUGUUUUGGGACGUAACAAGAGAAGAUAUCUAGACAACCAACGCACUACUAGUGUUUUACCUGUCUAGGGCGCCCUCUAGGCGUGCAGUCUCGUUAUUUAAUAGCCAGACCUCGUAAUCUCAUUUCCCUCGUAUUUCGUAGCAUGUUUCAACCAGUGUUUUCAUUCUAUUAGACGAGUGUUGCUGAAUUUUGUUUCUUGAAAAUGCAAAGUCAUUAUAGCGCUACAUUUAUAUUUAGUGAAAAAAUAAUUGAGCUACACGAUUGAAAAACGAAAUGAAAUUUAGAGGUAUCAAAAAAUUGUAAAUAUAGUCCAGUUAAAACUUUUUAAUAAUUUAAAAUUGAAAGAACGAAUUUAUAUUAGGUAGGGUGAUUAAAAAAAAACUAUUAAUCGUAUAUGUUGUAUUGCUUUUACGGAUUACUUACAAAAAAAAUAUAUCAUUGUGACUGAUCUGUGUUGAACGAUAUCCAUACCUAUCUACUACCGUUUACCUUGCCAUUUCGUAACACCUCAAAUUUUUAUUUUGUUUACGCGAUAUAUCAAAAAGUAUAUGAUACAAAUAUCUAUAUAUUUUCACUUUUUAAACGCGCGCCUGCCACAUAGUAUAUCCAUAUUCUGUGUGCUCCUUGUUGAUAUAUAAUUACUUUAGAAAAUAGCACGUUUCAAGUAAUGUCAUUGCAAUUUUGUUUCUUUGGAUUUGUAUUAAUACACAAAAUAUUAUCUGUAAUAUUAAGCAAUCCAAACAUCCAACUAAACCCACUUGAAUUUUUUUUGUAUAACUUGUGCCAGACAUCUUAUGGAAGAAAAAAAUCAAGUUUUAUAACUUUUUUUUUGAAAUUUAGACAUUCUUCUUCUAAAAUAAACAACUUCUAUCAACCAUAACAUUCUAGAAUAAUAGAUCACUUUAUAUUAACUGCCAACUACGAAAUAAUUAACUUCUCCGAUGUGAUUUUGGUUCCUACAAAGGAGUAUACCUUUCAGUGAUAACUUUGUAUUUAAUCAGUAUUUUUACUGCCAUUAAAUAAAAUUGUGAAAAUGGCCUUGGCAGUCAACGUGUUAAUAUAAGCAAAAAUCGACAAAAGAAAGUAAAACCAAUCUAGACUUGUUACAAUAUAUUUAUGUUAAGACCGAUUUCAUGAAGAAUAUUUUUCAAACCUACAAAUAUUACUGCAAUUUCGGGAGUUGACUCUCAAUCCCCUUAUCCAUGAAUAAUUUGUAACUAUAAUAAAUUCGGGUUGUACUGCGCGAAACGGUUUCGCGAAAAUGACUUCGGUCGACUGGACGAAACGCUUCGGGUUCCAGGCGAAACACGGUGAAGAAUACGAAAGGCGAAACACUGAUGCGCGAACGAAAACCGACUGGCGUUGGCUCAUUUCGAAGAAUACAAGUUUCGAAGUGAGUACUGUUAAGCACUGUCAUACAUGAACGUAGUAAUACGGCUUAUUUUGCUUCUGAAAAAAAUCUAAUAACAAAAGAAUGAAGUUAGAAAUCUACAGGACUUUAAUAAGACCAAUCGUAAAUUAUGGCAGUAGUUGUUGGGUGAUGACACAAAAAGACCAAGAAACAUUAAGAAUAUUUGAAAGAAAAAUUAUCAAAAGAGUAUAUGGAGGAAUUAGAAUGAAUGAAGCAGCCAUCGUCCGAUUCAUUAAAGCCCAUAGGUUGAGAUGGUUUGGAGAGCAAGCGGAUGUCUAAGAUGAUCAUAAAUAUACAGCAGUAGAAAAAGAAGCCGAUACCGUAUCAGAUGGACUGAUCAAGUUCACGAGGACUUACAUACAACGAAUGUGAGAGGAUGGAGAAGAUGAGGAACUUUGGUGUAGAGCGUACCAGUUUUUAGGCGAAUUGUCGAGGAGGCCAAGGCUUAUACCGAGCUGUAGUGUUAAUUGGGAAAUGGCGUCUGAUUUUACGAUGGUCGAUUUGAAAUUUCGAUUUGAAACUAGAAAUGAACAAAAAACAGAACAAUAAUUUAAACCAACCAUGAAUAGUAUUUACAAGCCUUAUAACUUAUAAAAGAAAUCAUAGAAAGUGUUGUUUGUUGCAGAAAAAUUUUGUUUUGGAUUUUAUUGUUGUUGAAAAUACGAAUUUGGAUUUGGGAAUAAUUUCGUUGAUUAAAAUUUGUCUCAUCUUUUUAUUUAAAUGAAAAUCAAUCAAAUUAACAUAUACAUUUGGAAAAUUUGACAUUUAGAAGUUAACAAAAGGAUUGGAAACUACAACAAGAUCUCUUCGAUCAGAACAUUCGGAUUCAUGCAGCGUUUGGAUUGCAGCACAAUCUAUAGGGUACAUCAUAGUCUUUUUUUUAAUAAGGAUAGACAUAGAGGCCAGAUAUUAUAUUUCGAGAAAAUAAUUGAAGAAAAAUAAUACAAGUAAAUUAACACGGACUGUGGUUAGCUUUAAACGAAAUGGGGAUCUGGAAUUGCGUAGAUUUUUAUUGUAUCGGAUAUUUUUGAGCCUUCACGAGUUUUUCUGUUAAUAGAUGUUUUUAUAAAUUAUGUAUCUGAUAGUAUCAAAAUGUUUAUAUAAGAAAAAAAACUUUGUCUCGUAACUAACGUAAAGUAAUUUUCUGGUCAACCCAUAUAUAUUUAAAUUUAAGGCAGAAACCGCGAUUCAAUUAGUAAUGCUUCUUAUUUCAUCAUCAGUAAGAGUUUUAGUUUCAUUUAGGUCAGCAUUGUUUAAUAAGAAGCUAUUAAUUUCAGCUUCAGAAAAGCAUCUCUCAACGGAGUCUCAUCUUCAGUUUUAAAGUCAUCGUCUGUAUAUUCUUCAAUAUUUAAUUGAGACCACAAGGGAGUCCAAGAUUUUAUUAUUGGGUUCACAUUCAAUUGAUACUAAUUUUUAGAAAUGAAAAAACAGCCUAGGAUAGGACCUAGGAUACUGUAUAUUCAUAUUCCAAUUACUGUUGUGCAAAAACUUGAGGCAAAAAUGUUUUCUCAUAAUUCACCUUUAUAUUUUUUUAUAUAGAAGCAAGAUCGCUUUCAGUGAUACGUUUUUCUUAGAUAGAAAUGUUUCAACUUCAGGGAUAAAGUAUCCUUUAAACCACUCUAGAAAUAUAGGUCUCGUCACCUAUGCAUUUCUUUGCCCCAUGUAAUGUACUGGUAGCUUUCGUACAGAUGCACGUGUCUUUUGUACUUUUCCAAUUACCAACAAAGACAGGUUUUGCGUCCCAGCAGCUUUCACAAAGGGCAUGAAAGUUAUGUCUUUAUUUGGAAUCUUUAGAACCUAGGGCUCUAACUUCUAAGACAGAUGACAGCGUUUUGUCUGAUAUCGUUUUCCAAUACAAACCAGAUUUACUCUGCGGAUAAAUCUCUCUUCUAGAUAAUAUCCAUGAAUUUGUCAUGAAAUUUUUUAACAGCAUAUUCGUUGUAUACUAACGUUGAAAGGAAGACAUUCGUCGAAUGACCACUAGAUGCGUCCAAUCAUACCAAUCAUUAAACCAGCGUUUAACGUUGGAAGCACUGGACGCAUCGUAUGGUAUAGGCUUCGGAUUAAAGAGGUCCUGCUGUACAAUCCUGGGUUGGAUAGAUCAACUAUCAGGAUAUAUUAUACAAGAUAUAACAAUUGGUUAGUUGCUGCUAUUGCUAAAAGGAUAGUUUCAAAAAUAUUCCGUUGGUAGUUAUUUCGAUACUAGAUUUGCUACUAGAGAAAAAAUAUAUUAGCAAUUUAGAAAAAAGAUGUCUGGGAGCCAAAAGAACCGACAUUACUUAAAAACUUCCGCCAUUUUCUAUAAAAUACUCAUAGUUUGAAUGUUAUAUAUGUUGUCAACAGAUCGCUGGUAAUAAUUGUUUAUAAUGGGAUAUGAUGUUCAUUCUAUUUAUGUAAUUCAAAUGUUUAUUUAUUUGUACAGUUCUUUUUGUUUAUAUACAUUUUACGCUAAAUAAAUUUAUUAUUUUACUAAAAGUAUGCAUAAGUAUUAUGAAUGUUUUUUGAAAUAAAGAAAUUGUUUUUUAA